AUGGCCGCCAACCCUUUGCUCCUUUCAUGCUCCAAAACCCACAUUCUCCGCCUCCCCACCACUCCCAACCCGCCCCUUCUCUGCCGCCGCCACUCUCCUCUCAACUCCCUUCUCCGUUACCGUUACCGUUACCCCUCUUACGCUCCGCCACUCACAUGUAAAGCGGCUCAAGUUUCUGUCGCCGAAGAGUCAUCGGCGUCCGGGGACAAUUGGGUUCCGGUGGUGCCGCUGGCGGCGCUGCCUAAGGGGGAACGGCGUGUGAUCAUUCAGGACGGGGAGACCAUACUACUGCUGUGGUACAAAGACCAAGUUUUUGCCAUUGAGAAUAGGUCCCCUGCUGAAGGCGCCUACACUGAAGGCUUGCUCAAUGCCAAGCUCACUCAGGAUGGGUGCAUAGUUUGUCCAUCAACUGAUAGCACAUUUGAUCUGCAAACAGGAGAUAUCAAAGAAUGGUAUCCGAAAAAUCUUGUUCUGAGAGUACUCACACCCGCUUUGAGGAAACUCUUUACCUAUCCUGUGAAAACAGAUGAACAGAAUAUUUAUAUCAGCCUGAGAGGUGGGAAAUCUGAUGCUUCUGCUGAAAUUGUCUUUAGUGGGAAGGCUCAACCCGGUGUAACAGCAACUGAUGUCAAUGUUGAAGAGGUUAAAAUGGUUGUUGAUGAGGAUCAAGAAGGUUUUGGUUUUACUGGGAAGAACGAAAUAAUAAACGGGAGAGCAGCAGUUAUUGGUUUCCUCCUGUUGUUGGAUUUUGAGCUUUUAACAGGCAAGGGUCUUUUAAAGGGAACAGGUUUCUUGGACUUCUUAUACUCAGUCACUGAUGCUUUCAAUUAG